AUGGCACUGGCAGCGGUGGAUCCCUUUUACCGGGCGCGAGAGGAGCCGCUCGUGCGUGCAGAGCAUGCCCCGCACAAUCUGGCGAGGUAUCUCGAUGCGCUAGAGCGCAUGGUGCGUGAUGAGCAGGCGCACAUGGCGAGCGCGCGUGCGCUAGGCGCAGCGGCAGAUGCCGAGCGUGUGCAAGCGAUUCGUGCGGCAGCCGCGAAUGCGGAACGCAUGGCCAGUAGUGUGCCAACUACGUCUGAGGCUCUCCCACGCAUCCAGCGUGUGCGCGAGGCAGCAGAUAGUCUGCUGAGCGUCGUCGUGCGGCGGCCUGCCCACCCCGUUCCCCUGGAAGAAUAUUGGAACGAGUACCUAUAUGAUGGACUCGCUGUACACGCAGCAGCUCCGACGGAGCCUGAGCCUGUGAAGGAAGAGGCCACGCCGCCGGCCGUGGAAACGCCCGUAGCAGAAGCGCCUACGAUCGAGGCGCCUGCCCUACGACAGCGGCGCCCGGCGCCGGAGGCGACGGAGGCAAAGCCAGGGCCUCCGCGACUGCAGUCAGAUCGCUCCUUGCAGGAUGCCCUGGCCUCUGAGCUCCUGCGCAUGGCGGGCGUGCUCAAGGCGAAUACGGCGGCGUUUUCCGAGUCCUUGGAACGUGACCGCGUGCUGGUCGAGGAGGCGAGUGGCCGACUGGACCAGAACCUCGGGCUCAUGACGCGUACGCGGGGGCAGCUGGGCGUGUUUUCGAAAAAGGCGCGGAGUAUGGGAUGGUUCACGAUCGGCAGCAUUGUGUGCGUCGUCGUGUGCUGGAUGCUGAUGUUUGUAGUGAUACGGUUGACGUAA